CAGUGUUGACAUUGACAGAAUGAACCCACGUGCAUUUGUUUUUAACUUGAUGAGAAACCCUAUUCUUUUAAGAACAUCAACUUGUAGACUGCAAAGAAUUGACUGCAUAUGGUUAAAUCGUAUACAGAGACAGGUGCGAUAUUACCAGCGCUCCCAUGUGUUUAAUCAAGGAAAGGGGUCGCCUAAACAAGGCGACAAAUACGUAUUUCCAUUCCGAACGGAGGCACGCCGAAAAGGGUUACUGAAUGCGACUUAUGGUUCUCUUGCUUUAGGAUUAUGUAUUCUAGGUACCAUAUUUUACAGUAAAGUCAUAUUGAGUAACUCCAGACGACGGAAAGGCUUCAGUGACGUUAAAGAUGAUCAGUGCAGUAAGGCCAACAUGGUGUUGUUCAAAGACACUGUUUUACCAAAUUUUGCGGAAAAGAAAAUGCAGGAUAUUUCUGAAUUCGGCGUCCGAGAAAAUGAUAUAUGGAUUAUAGGUUAUCCAAGAUCAGGUAUGACUUGGAUUCAGGAAAUUGUAUUCCUGGUGCAGACUCUCGAUUUCGAGGCAAGCUGUGCUGUGGAUUCUGACGAGAGAAUACCAUACCUGGAAUUUCCAACAACUUCUCUACAAGACCUCGCCAACAAAGACUCCCCCAGAAUUAUAAAAACACAUCUUCCUCUCAGAUUGUUACCAGAGGAGAUAAAUAAAAUCCAUCCGAAGAUAGUUUACAUUGCGAGGAAUCCUAAGGAUGUGGUGGUGUCCUAUUUCCAUCUUGUCUCAUCAUUGCGGAGUAUAACACGAUACAAUGGCAAGCUGACAGACUUUGUAGAUUCGUUUCUCAAAGACAGGGUUCCAUACAGCCCUUGGUCAAGACAUGUGUUGGAAUUCUGGGAAAUAAAAGACCAGCCUAGUAUCCUGUUCCUGACAUAUGAAGACAUGACGAAGGAUCUAGAAGGAAGUAUCAAAAAAGUAGCAGCAUUUCUACAGAGAGACCUGACAACAGAAGAUGUGCAGAGGAUUGCCAAGCACUGUAGUUUUGAUGAAAUGAAGAAAAACCCGGCUGUCAAUCAUCAGUGGAUGAACGAUCGAAAACUCCGAGAUCUAAAGGGGGCAGAAUUCCUACGACACGGAAAAGUUGGAAGCUGGCAAAACCAACUGUCUGCAGAACAGGACAAGAGAAUGAAUGUGAAGAUAGCUCUAAAGCUGAGAGACAGUGGUCUGUUAUUCCAGUACAGUGACGAGGGCGUGUGACAUCGAUUCAUUCGAGGAUAGAUAGUUAUUUAAGACUCUGUUUGGGGAAGAACUCGCACAUUACGUGUAGAAACAUGCGCUCAGUGAAAUAGUGUGUAUUGAUUAGUGUAUAACAGAAGUGUCUGAGAUAUUGUCACACAAGAUUUUAUUUUUAUGCCCCCAUAAUCAGAUUUGGGGACAUGUAGCCUGUCUGUUUUCUAAAACUUUAACCUUGGCCAUGACAUUUGAAUGGACGGGGGAAUAAGGUUUCAUAUUUAGGUAACAAAAUUUUCACUUUGUGACCUUGGCCUUUGAGUUGACCUACUUUUGAAAAGCUUUAACCUUGUCCAUAACUUUUGAUUGAUGAGUGAUAGGCUUUUCAUAUUUCACCUCAUGUGUAUUUCUUGUGACAAGACCUUUCUUUAGGGAGGAAAAGAUUUGACCUUGUGACCUUUAAGUUUGACCUAUUUUUGAAAAACCUUAACCUUGACUGUAAUUUUUGAAUGUUUGGUAGCAAAUGUUUCGACUCUUGCGAGCUUGACCUUAUAGUUUGACCUACUUUUGAAAAACUUGAACUUGGCCAUAACUUUUGAAGAGUUAAUGCUAGAGCUUUCAUACUUGACCUGUGCAUUCUUGUGACAAGAUCUUUCUAUGAGUACCAACAUUACUUUGCUGUCAUUCAGAAGCAUCUGACAGUGUUUCUCAAUCACAUCUUAUUGAGAAUACAUGAGGGUAUGAACUGUGAUGCUUCACACCGACAUACUUCAUGACGAGCUGACACGCUUCACGAAAAGUAUUCCGGCAUGAAGUGUUGCAGUUCAUACCCUCAUGUAUUUUCAAAAAAUUUAUUUCUGAUAUUUUCAUUCUCCUUUCAUUUCUGUCAGCAUUCCCAGCCAUUAAAAUAGACGUACAUGUACUAUGUUUAUCGAGAUUCAUGCGCACAUUGUUCAAAAUUGCAACACAUUCACGAAGAAACGGGUAUCAUUACAAUAUGUGGUAAAGAUAUCGAGGGCAAAAACAUUGAAAAUGUAUUCGUGUAUAACAGAACUGUCUGAGAUAUUGUCACAUGAAAUUUCUUGAAUUUGAUAUCUUUGUUUUCAUUUUACUUCCCUAGAUUUUGUGUUGUCAGUUAUGAAAGUCUUCUAUAUUGAAACGGAGAUAUUUUUAAAGUUGUGAGAAUAGAAUUAGGUUACAAAUCUUUCAUCAAUAAAAUUGUGUAAGUUUGUUA